UUGUCCUUUUUUAAAAGAUCUGUUAAAGGUUUUGCAACCUGACCAUAUCCUUUAAUAAACCUCCUGUAAUAGCCAGAAAGACCUAGAAAACCUCUCAGUUGCUUUAGGUUUUUAGGAAUAGGCCAAUUCUUCACAGCUUCAACUUUAUGUGGAUCUGUACUUACCCCUUCAGCAGAUAUAAAAUGACCUAGGUAUUCAACCCUAGUCAUUGCCAGAGCACAUUUACUUUUCUUAAGGAAUAGCUUAUUCUCCUUGAGAAUCUGAAAAACCUGUUCCAGAUGCACAAUAUGAUCCUUCAUGAUCGGUGUAUUUUUUAGUGAGUAAAACGUAGUUGGCUAAUCCGAAGAAUAACCAGACCACGAGUAUCGUCUCUCAAGGAGUGGCAAAAAGGAAGUUUUAAAUACAGUCCGUGAUCAUAGGUUAGCACAAGUCAUGGUAAUCUUUCCGAAUAAAUAUUUUUUGAGUGGUUUAAAAAUAAAACUAACUAAUAGUGAGUGCAAAAUUAAAUAGAGAAAAAAAAUUAAAUUAAAUUGAUUCAGGAUAUUAAAAACAGGGUUCAAAUUGGAUGGUUCGGGUUCUGGGUGUUCUUUCGGGAUUAGAAUCAAGUAAAUUAAUAUUCAAUUAUUCCUGGACAGAAAAUGAAAUCACUUCUCAUAGACAAGAGCAAAAUCAUAUUAUCACAAUCCUAACUUAUUUCUAAGAUCAGAUUGCUUGUAUAAGAUCCGACCUAAUUUAACUCAAUUUCUCAUAGACAAGAACUGAAUUAAAUCCAGACAUUCAUAUAUGAGGUGAUCAAAUUCAUAUAGACAAUUAUGAUUAAUCUUAUACAAAUUUUCCAGAAGAUUAAUUGAAUUUUAAAGAACUAAAUUCACACCCUCAAGAACCCAUGAACCCUAGUCCCAAUUCAAACCCUAUAUGAAAUUAGCUACUCAUAACUAAAAUUAACAUCACAAAAAUAUUAAUGAGCAUAAUAAACAUGAUAAGAAGCUAGAAAUAGAGAGUGAAUUAUGAGUAUUUGAUGGGAAAAUCUGAGAUUGCUAAUUGGAAACAAAGAAAUUCGAAAUUCAGUCAAAAUUGAAGAACUAAUGCCGUAAAUAACUAAACUUACAAUACUUGAAAUGAAAGCAAAGCGAAGUUCCUUGGUUAUGGAUUACUGCUGCGGCUAAUUGCUACUAAAUGAAUCAGAAAAUAAAAAGUGCGGCUACUUGGUCUUCUGGUUACUACUGCCGGCUGCGGCUAAUUGACGGAUAUCAGGACUUGUCUACGAACAGAAAGAACGAUGAAAAAAACUGCUGGUGCGGCUACGUAAUUUCAGAAGUGGGAGGAAUGAAUGGAGUCCAGGCUGGGCUGCUUACUCCAGGAAAAACCCCAGCUCCUUCUUACUCUCUUUUUGGGCUGCUAUCAAUUAAACAAACUGCUGCUGUCCUUUUUUUUUCAUUUUGGAUUGCACUUAACUUCAAAAACAGUCCUUAAAUGAUCUGGUCCAAACAUAUUUACCGCAAACUCGGCCUGUACAAUAACAACUCACCACACCCGCUAAUAAUAUGUAACUUUACAAUCAAAUUACUCCAAGAAUGUCAAAUUGUGUACAAAAAUACUACACUGAAUAUGAAUGCCACCGGAACCGAAAAAUAACAAAUUUUCACUCAAAACCCCCAAUAGUCACCCGAUUAAUUGUAAAAAUUAGACAAUUAACACCCAAAGCAUAGGUGAAAAGAUAGGAACGGAACGAGCCUAUCAAAUCUCCCCACACUUGAGCGUUGCUUGCCCCCAAGCAACAGUGCAUUAAUCCACGGAAAACAAAAUAAUCACCUAUAACACCUGGUUCAAAAAUCAUUCACACCCAAAACAAAUGAUUGCACAAGGUCUUUUCUUUCUUAACAACGAAACCAAGAUUCACAUGCUAAACAAUAUUUUCAAAAGUAAAGUCCCUCUCCAACCAACUAAAAUGUAAAGAAAAACAUGAUGGUCCCAACGGUGUAGGUGUGUGAAAUUCAAACCACCAAUCAUUCCAAAAACCCAAGAAUUGUGUGAUAAAACUGGUAUACUCGUGAUUCUUUUUUUUUUUUUUUGAAUAUGUAAAGUUGACAAGGUUCUGGAUUACAGGACUGAUUCAAGUUUUAGGGCCUGGGAGUUUAUCUCAUUACUGUGUACUCAACUCUCACACGAGGUGAUUCGCGAGAUGAGCAGAGCCCCAUUUCGGGGAUGAAAUUCUCGACACACGAAGUGUAACCCCAUUACAAGAAUCAGUUACCUGCUUAGCAUGAAGUUAUCCCGAUAUGCUUAGAAAGCAGAGCUCCUUAUGGAGUAAGGAUUUUCAACACCUGGCCAGUUAAGGAAUUUUUGAUGCGAACUAGUCAAUCACGAGUAAAACCGAAUUCAAUCAACACAAAUCAAACCAUCCAACAUGCCAACAUUUCCCAAGAAUAUACACACCACCCCGAUGAUUACACCAUUACUAAUUCUUUCCAAGAAAGAUGGAGGAGAUGGGAGAUUACAAAAGAAAGUAAAGAUUAACAAGUUACCUCUGUUGCGUUGCUAAACUAGAAAAAAAAACCGUGCACCUCAAAAUGUUGUUGGACAGAAUAACCUCAUCACCAAAUGCCAUGUACAAGCAACAACCAAACCUCCCCACACUUAGGGGUGACAUCGCCCUCGAGGUCAAAGAAAAGAUUUAAGACAAAAAAAUAGCAGGGGCAAGUUAAAAAAUAAAAAGAUUUCCAGCCCGGCAACACUAUCAUAAUCAGAAUAAUAAUCAACACAAAUCAACAAAGGAGUAAUAUGAGAGUAAACACACAUUAUUAGCAGCGUAGUAAGAGCUGGCAGAAUACCGUACAAGCCAAACGGCGGUGAAUAACCUCCCUAAUAAGGCUGAAUUCAGUCUCCUCGAUGCAUACAUGCCGCUGAAUCCUGCACACAGUCUGCCUCGUACGCUACUUGAAGUCCUUCAACUCUUGAGAAAGCGUGGCAAGUGUGCCAUAACUGUGAAUUUCCCAUUUAUGCUGCCAAAGCUUGCUGGUAAACCAAAAGUGAGCUGCUGGAGCUACUCUGCCUGCACCUAUGCCGGUUACCGAACUAAAUAAGUGUAUUGAAAUUGCUUCCCUUCAAUCUGAACCGGAUAAGAGAGUGUGGCAUCCAACUGGUUCCUCCCUCAUGUACUGUGAUGCUUAUGCUGACAGAAAACGGCCAAGGACCAGCUGUUCUGGCCUCAAAAGUCGACAUCUCACACCGUCCAAAAUCUCCCAGAAUCUGCCAGAAAUGUUCCUCUGCUGCUGCCAAGUUUCUGUCCAGCGAAACCCCAACUCCUUGAACAUGUGUAGGCCUCUAACCAUUGCCCUGCAAGUGUUUGAAGUUGCGUCCAGCUCUCAUACCGCUUUCGGGCUUGCUGCAAAGUAAUCUGCAGCUGACAGCCUUGAGGAGCUCCAUCCUCACCUGUCUAUGAUAACCAGGUUGCAUAUGCAAUUCAAAGCAACAAAGAAAUCCAACUGCAACACCACAAGACGAAAUCACAAAAACAAAGGGGGGAAAUGCAAAAACAAGAAAUACUGAACUCCUAAUUCUAUUUUUUUUAUGAUGGGUUGCCUCCCAUAAGCGCUUCUUUAACGUCACUAGCUUGACGAUAAUAUCUCAUUCCUAGUCUGGCUCAAAUGGGCGAGUAGAAGUGGUCUUUACAUGGUCAACGGGAUCAACGUGUAUUUGAAAGUGCCCGCUCAUCCCGUCAAUGAAACAAUAAUAAGCAUGCCCCGCCAAACUCUCAAUCAACUGGUCAAUAAAAGGUAAGGGAAAGUGAUCCUUCCGGGUGGCCUCAUUCAGUUUACGAUAAUCAAUGACCUUCCGCCACCCAGUCACAGUCCUACUAGGUAGGAGUUCCCCCUUCUCGUUCUUAACAACUAUCAUACCCCCUUUCUUGGGGACCACAUGAGUAGGGCUAACCCAUUGGCUAUCUGAAAUCGGGUAAAUUAUACCCACAUCCAGAAGCCUCAGGACUUCAGCCUUUACAACAUCCAUCAUCUUGGGGUUUAAGCGUCGUUGCGGUUGCACGACUGGUUUAUACCCCUCCUCACACUUAAUUUUGUGGGUACAGAAGAUUGGGCUAAUCCCACGAAGAUCCUCAAGCUUACGAGCAAUGACCUGCUCGUGGCACCUAAGGACAUCCAAAAAAAAUUCCUUCUGUCCCGACUCUAACUGAGCUGAAAUUAUGACAGGCCGUUGGCCCUCUGUGUCCAAAAAUGCAUACUCCAGGUGACUAGGGAGUGGUUUGAGUUCAGGAGUAACCUUAUCAGUGGGCUGCUCCUCAAACUCAGUAAGCAACUUAGGGAAAACAUCAUCCCUAAUCACCUGCUCACAAUCAACAGUCAUUUCUUCUUCAUUUUCAGCCACUAUAUCCCCCGCAUAAUGAAUGUCACUAUCCGGUGGGGUAAUAUCACUAUCGCCUCCAAACAAAUAACCCUCCACUGACUCAAACAUAUCAAGAUAAUUGCAUGAUUCAGUGGGGUCUGAGGCCUUACUCAUCACAUCUGAGAGUUUAAAAGUGCACACAUCGUCCCCAACUCUCAGAGAAAGUGAACCAUCAGCAACAUCAACAAGGGCCCUAGCAGUAGCCAAAAAGGGCCUCCCUAAAAUAAGUGGAGUCUCACGAUCUUCCUCCAUGUCCAUGACCACAAAAUCGACAGGGAAUAUGAACUUGUCCACUCGUACUAAUACAUCCUCUAGAAUUCCUUUCGGGUAUUUCACCGAUCGGUCCGCUAGCUGGAGGCUCAUACGAGUGGGCUUAAGUUCACCCAAGCCAAGUUUCAUGACCACAGAGGAAGGCAUCAGGUUGAUGCUAGCUCCUAAAUCAGCUAAAGCAUUAUUAAACAUAAAAUUUUCGAUAGAACAAGGUACAAGAAAACUCCCUGGAUCUUUUCGUUUUGGUGGCAUGGUCCUCAGAACAACCGCUGAACAUUCUGCAUUGAGAUCCACCACUUCUGGCUCUUCCCACCUCCUCUUUUUCGUGAGGAGGUCCUUCAGAAACUUCGCGUACCUCGGCAUCUCUGUCAAUGCUUCCAUGAAUGGCAUAUUGAUAUGGAGCUGUUUUAGAUGCUCCAUAAAUCUGAUCAAGUUCGUGUUAUCAUUGCUCUUCUUCACCCGUGUAGGGAACGGAAGGGGUGGAGUCUUCUUACUCUCCUUUUUCUUCUGAGCUUCUUCAUUCUGGACUUCUUCACUCUUGGCUGGAAUAGGGGCAGCCACUGGUUCUUCUUCAACCUGGGAUUUGGGGCCUUGAAGCUGCUGGUCAUCAUCUUGUUGAGACAUUGGCGGAGUAGAAACUUCUGGAAGUGUUCUCCCGCUUCGUAGCGUAACAGCUUGCACAUGCUCCCUUGGGUUAGGUUCUGUUGAACUCGGAAGGCUGCCCGUUUCUCUAGGAGCAAGUGAACCAAGCUGGCGAAUGAGAGCUUCCAAAUUGCUGAAACGUUGAUACAUAUCAGUCUGAUUUUUGGCUAAUUCAACCACUGUUUUCUCCAACGCCGCAUUUACAGGAGGCUGCUCAAGCUGUCUUUGAUGAGGCGGGAUAUAAGCGGGCUGGUUUGGAUGGCCUCUAAUCUGGAAAUUUCCUUGAAAAUUAGGGGCAUUCCGCUGCCCUUGGUUCUGAUUUUCGGGCCUCCAUAAACCUCCUGCUUGCUGAAAACUUCCCCUCUGGACUUGGUUGUUGAAAAACUGCCCACCUCCUCUCUGGCCUUGACCAUAUUCCAUGAAAUUGACGUUCUGGACCACUGGUGAUGCCUGAUUCUGAACAUAAAGAGGACAGGUGUGAGUGAGGUGAGCUCCCAUGCACAUCUCGCAAGAUAAAGUGAGUUCUUGGCCAGUUGGGCUUGGAUAGCUUGCUCGAACAGGAAGUGGGGCAGAAUACAUAGGAUAAGAGGGCUGAUAUGCCCCAAUAUUAUGAACUUGCUGCUGUUGAGAGGUCUGCGCCUUCAAGUCUUUCACUUCCACUACCAGCCCCUCAAUCUUCGCUGUAAGUGCAGUGAUGGGAUCAAGAUUGAGCAAACCGGGUGGAUUUUGAGCUCUCUCUUUACCCGCAUACCAAUACUUGUCAUUUGAAGCCAAGUUUUCAAUUAUUUGCUCUUCUUCCUGUGGAGAUAAUUUCAGAAACAUACCCCCUUGAGCUGCCCGGUCUAGUUCUCUCAUAUACUCCAACCGAAGCCCAUUAUAAAAUCUGCACAUAAUAGUUGCUGCAUUCAUGAAUGUUUCAGGGCACUUCCUUUUCAACGCCUUCAGCCUAUCCCAUGCUUCACUGAAAGAUUCGGUCGGAGCUUGAGUGAAAUUGAGAAUUUCCGUCUGAACCUUGAUAGCGGCAGAGGGAGGAAAAUACUCCUGCAUAAAUGCUUGAUGAAGCUUCUCCCAUGUAUCAAAGUGCCCGUUUGGAAAGCUACGGAGCCACCGUGAUGCCUUGUCUCUCAAAGAGAAUGGGAAUAAAGUCAACCUCACUGCCUCGCUGGAUACCCCGUUAUAUUUGAACGUGGCACAAGUCUGAAUAAAGCUCUCAAUAUGAUCCAUUGGAUCUUCAUGGGCGUAUCCACAAAAUGGAUUAUUAGCAAGCAUCUGAAUCAUGGCCGGCUUGAUUUCAAAAUUGUUGGCCUCAAUGGUGGGUGCCCCAAUGCUAUUUCUCGCCACAUAAUUAGGCGUCAACGUCUCCAGAGUUGUCUGAUCGGCCAUCUUGUCCAAGUGUUCUAGCAAUCUCCUUUUAGCUCGUCCUCGGAAUAAGCGUUCAGGAUUAGAAUAACCUGCAAUUAAAUCUUGUUCCUCCGAGGAGCGAGUGUGCAUGCACUGGUUCCUGCAACUUAGUUCACGUGCAAAGAACACAAAAAACGACACACAAAUAACAGGAAAAAAAUAGAAAGUCUCACCGACUUGCUUUUACCUAUUCCACAGAAAAGUACUUAACAAACAACCGUGCCACUCCCCGGCAACGGCGCCAUUUGAUCGGUGUAUUUUUUAGUGAGUAAAACGUAGUUGGCUAAUCCGAAGAAUAACCAGACCACGAGUAUCGUCUCUCAAGGAGUGGCAAAAAGGAAGUUUUAAAUACAGUCCGUGAUCAUAGGUUAGCACAAGUCAUGGUAAUCUUUCCGAAUAAAUAUUUUUUGAGUGGUUUAAAAAUAAAACUAACUAAUAGUGAGUGCAAAAUUAAAUAGAGAAAAAAAAUUAAAUUAAAUUGAUUCAGGAUAUUAAAAACAGGGUUCAAAUUGGAUGGUUCGGGUUCUGGGUGUUCUUUCGGGAUUAGAAUCAAGUAAAUUAAUAUUCAAUUAUUCCUGGACAGAAAAUGAAAUCACUUCUCAUAGACAAGAGCAAAAUCAUAUUAUCACAAUCCUAACUUAUUUCUAAGAUCAGAUUGCUUGUAUAAGAUCCGACCUAAUUUAACUCAAUUUCUCAUAGACAAGAACUGAAUUAAAUCCAGACAUUCAUAUAUGAGGUGAUCAAAUUCAUAUAGACAAUUAUGAUUAAUCUUAUACAAAUUUUCCAGAAGAUUAAUUGAAUUUUAAAGAACUAAAUUCACACCCUCAAGAACCCAUGAACCCUAGUCCCAAUUCAAACCCUAUAUGAAAUUAGCUACUCAUAACUAAAAUUAACAUCACAAAAAUAUUAAUGAGCAUAAUAAACAUGAUAAGAAGCUAGAAAUAGAGAGUGAAUUAUGAGUAUUUGAUGGGAAAAUCUGAGAUUGCUAAUUGGAAACAAAGAAAUUCGAAAUUCAGUCAAAAUUGAAGAACUAAUGCCGUAAAUAACUAAACUUACAAUACUUGAAAUGAAAGCAAAGCGAAGUUCCUUGGUUAUGGAUUACUGCUGCGGCUAAUUGCUACUAAAUGAAUCAGAAAAUAAAAAGUGCGGCUACUUGGUCUUCUGGUUACUACUGCCGGCUGCGGCUAAUUGACGGAUAUCAGGACUUGUCUACGAACAGAAAGAACGAUGAAAAAAACUGCUGGUGCGGCUACGUAAUUUCAGAAGUGGGAGGAAUGAAUGGAGUCCAGGCUGGGCUGCUUACUCCAGGAAAAACCCCAGCUCCUUCUUACUCUCUUUUUGGGCUGCUAUCAAUUAAACAAACUGCUGCUGUCCUUUUUUUUUCAUUUUGGAUUGCACUUAACUUCAAAAACAGUCCUUAAAUGAUCUGGUCCAAACAUAUUUACCGCAAACUCGGCCUGUACAAUAACAACUCACCACACCCGCUAAUAAUAUGUAACUUUACAAUCAAAUUACUCCAAGAAUGUCAAAUUGUGUACAAAAAUACUACACUGAAUAUGAAUGCCACCGGAACCGAAAAAUAACAAAUUUUCACUCAAAACCCCCAAUAGUCACCCGAUUAAUUGUAAAAAUUAGACAAUUAACACCCAAAGCAUAGGUGAAAAGAUAGGAACGGAACGAGCCUAUCACUUCACUAUUCUACUGUAGAUGAGUAUAUCAUCAAAGAAUACAAGGACAAACUUCCUGAGAAAUGGUUUAAAAAUGUGGUUCAUGAGGCCUUGAAAAGAAGAUGGGGCAUUAGAUAGUCCAAAAGGCAUAACAACAAACUCAUAAUGUCCUUCAUGAGUUUUGAAAGCUGUUUUGUGGACAUCUUCUUUGUUCAUCCUUAGUUGAUGAUAACCACUCCUUAAGUCCAAUUUUGAGAACACAGUAGCUCCUCCAAGUUCAUCCAGUAAGUCAUCCAAUAAUGGAAUUGGAAAUUUAUCCUUUAUUGUUUGUUUAUUCAGUUCUCUGUAAUCAGUACAUAGGCGCCAAGAUCCAUCUUUUUUUCCCACUAAAACCACUGGAGAUGCAUAUGGACUGCUACUGUUUUGUAUGAUUCCAAAUUCCAGCAUUUCCUUGACCAACUUCUCAAUUAUUCCUUUUUGCAGGGAUGGAUACCUAUAUGGUCUCAUACUAACAGGCUGAGAUCCAUUUUUAAGGGGUAUCCUGUGAUCAAAUUCUCCCCUAAAAGGAGGUAAUUCAGUUGGUUCUUCAAAAAGGAUAGAAUAUUUUUCUAUCAAGUCAGUAAUGCCUUUAUUUUGAUCAAUAAUCUCUACUUGGGCUGAUAAUAGAGUAGAAUAGUAUGAGAAAUGUACCCUUUCAUGAUCCAUAAGAUCUGUCAGUUGUAUCAUGGCUAAUUGACUGCCCCCUUCUGCUAUCAAUUCCUGACAUUUCUGGGAUGAUGUGAGCUUGAGUUUGUUGGUAUUAUCUGAUCCCCUCAACAUAUGCUUCUUUCCAUUUAUCUUGAAUUCCAUGAGUAGCUUCUGAAAAUCCCAAGUUAUUGGACCCAAUGUUGAUAACCAUUGAAUACCUAAAACAAUAUCACAACAACCCAAAGGUAGCACCAUGUAAUCUGAUGUAAACGUGGUGUCAUGGAUUUUCCAUUGAAAUCCUUUACACAUUCUGUAUACAAUCAUCUUAUUACCAUCAGCCACAGCUACACACAUAGGCUUAACCUCUUCCAUUUUACAACCCAUUUUCUUAGCAGUAGUUUCAUCAAUGAAAUUAUGUGUACUGCCACUAUCUAUCAGGAUGUGCAAUGGCUUUUUAUUGGCAUAACCUGUCACUCUCAUUGUCUGAAAAUGAGGUAAACCCACCAUAGCAUUCAUAGAAAUGCAUACUCCUGGUUCUUCUGGCAUAUCUUCUUCCUCUAUCCCAUAUUCUUCUUCUCCCUCAAUAUAAAACAACUGAGGUUUCUUGUGUUUUUCUGCAUAAUGACCAGGAGUGUAAGGAUCACCACAAUACAUACACAAUCCUUUGGACUUUCUUUCAGUCAUUUCAGAUUGCGUGGGUAGCUUCUGUGGUUGCUCUUGGUGGUUAUUUGUGACUGUUUUAGAUGUAAAAGGCCUAGAACUUGGUGUGGGCAACAGGGAUGCAGGUUUGAGGUUAGCAAAAGGUGCAUGUGCAGGUUUUGGUUUAUACUCCUUAGAGCUUUCAUAUAGUUUGGCUAAUCUUGCAGCAUAUUGGACAGAAGUGGGAUUAAACAUUCUAACAUGCAUCUUGGUCUCAUGUUUCAAUCCAUUAACAAAGCAACUCAGUUUAUGUUCAUCAGACAACUUUAAUCUAGUCAAUAUAGCCUCAAACUGUUCCAAGUAAUCAAUUACAGAACCUGCUUGCCUUAAUGACAUCAUUUCAGCCAUAGGAUCAUCAAAAGUUUGAUCAAACCUUUCAAGCACCAGUUUCUCAUAAUCCUCCCAUAGCAUUAUAUCAGUAUUUUCUUUAUCCUUCAUUAAUGCAUAAUGCCAUUGCAAUGCCUUACCAUCUAAAUGCAUGGAUGCUAUAAAAACUUUAGCAUAUGCUGGAGUUUUAUCAAUGGUGAAAAACUGUUCACACUUGUAUAACCACUCUUUUACAUUUUCACCAUGAAAUUUAGGAAAAUCAAUCUUAGUACACCUGGUAGCAAAAGAUUCAGGCCUGAUCACGUUACCAGCUGUUGAAGAUGGUUCUUGGUGGAGAAUAUGCUGGCGACGAGUAUCUUGAUUAUUCUGCAUCAAGUUCGUCAGAUUUUGUAUCAUUUGCUCAAGAUUCCCCAUUCUUUCACUUAGAUUCUUGAGUUGUUCAUCAUUUUCAAUGAACUUUUUGUUCAUUAGGUCAUCUAGUUCUCUGACAGUAGGCGCCAUCUGUCACUAAUUUUGUUGAAGCGGAAUUACUGCAAUUGAUCGUGAAAUUGCUGAUGUCUAACAAUUGCGAUCAGAAUUUUGAAUGAUUACGAGAAAUAGUCUCUGAUACCAAUGGUGCAGGUUGGAUCCGUAGAGAUUGACCCUGCAAUACUAGCUUGUGGAACUGGUAAUAAGAUGGAGAAACCAGAUCGAGCUAAGCUAAUUUUAAUGGAGGAUUUAGUGAAAUAUGAGAGAGAAUGAUAGGAAGAAAUGAAGCAGAAUCAUAUUGAACUUCUCG